CCAGUCAACUACCUUCGAGCGUAUCGUCACUCAAGAUCCAACUUUGCACUGAUUCGAUAUCAGCCAUGAUCACGGCAACAUGGACGACUUCCUUAAACCAGUCUCCACCACGAAGUUGAAGCGUACCCAAAAUGCAAAGCCUUUAUUGCAAGAGAUUGGGAGCAGUGAAAAACGCAAAAGCAGCGUGGUCAUCGAAUCUCCGGAAAAGGCUCUAAUAUUACUGAAGGACCAGCCAGACUUUGAGUCAGUCGAGAGUGUACUCGGUUACCUCGUAGCCGAGACCGAACGUGCGGAUGGAUUUCACCUCAUACUCCCGGAACCAGUCGCAGCAAACAUCGUAUUUCAAUUCGUCAAUACGACACUGCUAGACUACUGGCAUAUCUUGAAAGAAAGAAAAAUACAGUUGCAUCAAUUGGUCAGGUGUUUGCGAAAUCCGUGCGGUAUUGGAAAUGUCAUCACACGGCUGCGGUCGCUGACGGCAGACUGUCAUCAAAAUAAGGCCGUCGGCGAGACGCGAGAUUCUGCAUCUCAUAUUGUAGAUCUCCUCGACGUCUUAGAGAAUUUGUUGCAGAGUGAACAGUGCUUGACCCAGGUGUGGACUGAUAUCAAUACACACGGGAAAAAUGCAUCGCAAAAGAAGAUGAUGUGGAAAGAAUUCGUCACACAAGUUGCUUCCGGACUGGUAAUCUCGCUCGCAGCGGAAGCCGAAGAUGUACUAAAAGAGAAGGAAGUGCCUCGAACGGCGAGCUGGCUGGCGGACGGCAGCGGGUACGCGACAUGGCUAGGUCGCAACGUUGCCAACCUGAGCGCAACAGAGCCCAAUGAGGAGUCAAUCUUCAUGGUCGCAGAGGUUUACAGCAAAGCACUAUUCUUGGGCUACACCGAUCAAAUUGUUCGCUCGAUGCUGCUGGUCGUGAUAGCGAGGGACUCUGUUACCGCUUAUGCGUCAGUGUUUCAGAAGAUGAAAGCAUUCGAACAGCGCAAAUAUCUCAAUGCAAAUAUAAGUGUCCUAGCCAAGCACUACCUCAACAAGGUCGCCGAAAACACUGAAGCCUCCCCGUCUGAGAGCUCCCCACUGCUUGCCGGUGUCACUGCCCUGAUUGGCAAGUUGGUCGGAGACAGUGAUAUACUGAAGGAGCAUCUGAUCACAUCCCUAAUUAAGCCUACAAUACCCGCGCUGGAUGAUUCGCUUGCUACUCGGAGGUGCGUCAUCGCUGUCAUUGCGAGGGAUGAAGAUCAAUUACAUACGCUACUUGAAAAUAGCCUCAAAACUUUUGGGGAUUCCUACUACAUAAAACAUACAUCUAUUAUGCAACAAGAAGCUCUUUCUCAGACUAUCGCGAUAACAUGCGGUUAUGUCCAGCGCUCGCAACCGAUGUUCCUCACAAUGAUGGCUAAAUCGAGCUACCAUACCUCUGGCAUGUCCAAUAGGAUCGGCUCCUCGUCAUCACGAGCCCGGUUCCUAGGUAUAGCAGUAGGCAUGGCCAUUUCAAAAAUGGUCGAUAAACCAGAAACACAACUCAAGUUCGACCUUGAAGGUGACGAAGCUGCGGAAGCGCAAUGGUAUCAACGCCUCACUCGGGUUGAUGACAAGCUUGGAAAGAUCAGCGAUCUAAUAGUUCAAGAGAAGAAACCAAGCAAAACACCAGUCCGGAAGAGUGCCUCUAAGCUUGUCGCCAACAACACCACGAAGCCCUCCAUCACCGAGAUCCAAGGCCCUCGCAUCGUCGAGGUACUCUCAGACGAUGAAGACGAUGAUGACCUCGUCCCGUACUCGAAACCCGAUUCCGACCCCGAAGAUGAGACCGACGACCCUACAGAAAUUAAUCGAAACAAAGCUACAGCUCCCGUCUAUAUCCGAGACCUAAUCGUCGGUCUGCGUGACACAGAGAACUACGACAGGCACGCUUUGGCACUAUCCACGGCCGCGUCGCUCAUCCGCCGCAAAGCCAAUUUCGGCUCAGAGGUGCUCGAUCACAUCGAGGAGCUGGCCACCAUUCUCGCUGGGCUGAACGACAGCUUCGAACUGGAGAAGUUUGCGGAACAGAAACAGCAAGCGCUCAUAGCAGUAUUGUUGGCCAAGCCUGCAGCAAUGGCGUCCUGGUUUGCCCGCAGCUUCUUCUCGGGUGACUACUCCCUCACGCAGCGCACUGCCAUCCUCACGACCCUCGGUCUCGGCGCCCGCGAACUCGCCGGCCUAAAAGACGACGCCACAGAAGCACUCACACCACCUGCCUCUAGCUUCCCAAGCAAGCAACUUCCCCCACACCUCCACGCCCUCUACACCUCCAACUUCGUCCCGUCAGCCCCACUAGCACGCCUUGCAUCCAGCAUGACGAAACAGUUUCUCUCCCCGCUCGCCGCCCAAGCCGCCGAUGCCCUCACCGGACCAUCCAUCCUCAAAGUCGGCCAGUCCCGCACCUUCAGCUCCCGCAUGGAGGUGGAGGCGCGCCGCUCCAAGCCAAUCCCCAACGCACUGUCACAACUCGUCGCGGACAACUUCUUCUUCCCGCUGACAGGCCGCUGGUGGCUCGCCGCGCGCGCAUCCGCGUCGGCAUCGUCCUCGAUAUAUACGUCUGUCCACCUGCUGCCAGCGUUCCUGCACACGCUGGCGCUACUAAUGCACGCGUCUGGCCCGAACACGCUCGCUCUGCCGCAGAUGACGCGCGAGAUGUGGGAGCUGCUGCUGGCGUGUCGGGGGCAUGCGGUGGGUGACAAGAGGGUGUUGUCGGCGGUGUUGUUUGCGCUGUUGAUGCUACUGGAGACGAAUGCGGAUAAGGAGCGGUUGGCGACGGAGCAGGGGAGGGAGCUGAUGGAGACGCAGGAGUGGGUUAGGGGAGUGUUUGAAGGGCUGCCUGGUGGUAAGGAGGGGCAAGAGGAUGAGCGGGUCAGGGUGCUGGCUGCGGGGGUGGUGGUGAGGUGUCAGGAGGUGGUGGAGAAGUAUCAACGGAGGUUGGUGGGGAGUAUGCUGGACUAUUGAUGCGGUUAUGUUCCUGGCGGCGUUAGUUAGAAGUCGAGAGGAUCUGUGUGGUUCUCUGGAAUGGCAGCUGCUGCAAAUAUCCUCAUUCCAUAUUUGCAACACGC